UUCACAGUGCUGCUACACAACAACAAAUUCGGUGUCCGUAAAAUCCCUAAAAACUAGCGCAUAUUAAUUGCAUAUUUGCUAAAUAAUCAAGUGAUUUGUUCCUAUGUAGCAGGAAAAUACGAAAUUAAGUUUGAAAUGGCUUUACAAUCCACGAACAGUGGUCAGAAAAUGCUAGUAGAAAUAACUACGGAUGGCGUGCCCAAGCUCCACUGUCCCGUUUGCAACAAGGCGCUCAUCUCCCUGGCCGGAUAUGUUAAGCAUGUGAAAAAACAUGAUCCGCCGGGCGGCUUCCAGUGUCGCCAUUGCGAUGCCCACUUCUGCCAUGAGGAGGAACUGAAACAACAUGUGCAAACUAAACACGGUGCACUCACCUGCCGCCUGUGCGAGGGAGAUGAAGUUGUAUUUCAAAGCAAGGCGGAAUACGACGCACACGUCGAGGAGGCGCAUCAGGAUCGCAAGUUCAAUGUCAAUUUGAACAUCAGUGAGAAGCCCUUCAAGUGUGAGAUCUGCGGCAAGGACUUUGCAGAUCGUGAGAGUUGCUUGACACAUCAUUCCGAGCACCUGAGUGCGCUGCCCGUGGAGUGUAAAUGCUGUGCCAUGCGCUUCACCUGUCACUCCAGUUUGACCAAGCAUCAGCGCAAGCGUCCGGACACUUGCGGCAUGUCGGAACAACGCUCAAAUCGCAAACGCACGACUGCUCAGGAGCAGCCCUCAGUUGCAGGUCCGGCUGCGGAGAAGACCGUCAAGAAAAAGCGAGGCAGGCCAAGGAAAUGCAGCAAACCCGUGGCUGCUUCUUCGGAGGAUAGCGAGGAUGAUAUGCCAUUGGCAAGCAGAAUAAAAGUGCCAGCUGCUCCGCCGAUGAAACAGGAGGUCAUCAGCAGCCAGGAACUAAGCGACUCGGCCGAGGAGUAUCCUGACUUUGAGCCUAACAACAGUGACGAGGAAGAUGCCAUGCAAUUCAAGCUACCCACGCCGGCCAUGGUCAAAGUGGAGGCCAUAGACCCGGACUUUGAGUAUCAGGAUGCCAGUCUGUAUGUCAAGGAGGAGGGAACUGGCAUCGACAUCUACAGCAAUGAAAAGGACAAGCUCUUGGAUGUGCUGCUCAGCACGGACGAGAGGGUGAAGCCAUUUGAGAACCUUAAGGUGGAACAUGGAACGGGCAUACUGGAUGAGAUUGCUGCGGUGCCGAUGAUCAAGCCGAGUGGAGCCGAACAAAUGGAGGAGGAUGUGCUGGCACUAAGGGAAACGGAACCAGACAGUGACGACGAUGAUGACAUCGAUUCUCGUAAAUCACGCACAAAAUCCAAUGUCAAGCGCAAAUAUCAAAAACGCAGAGCAUCUGCUUCGCCUCCGCCGGCGUCGGCACCGCAACGGGUGUCUAAGAUAUCCAAGAAGGAGCUAAAGGAGCGUCUGAAAAUGCUGAAUAAAAUGGAAAAGUCCUGGAAGUGUCCGCACUGCGUGAAAAUCUAUCACAUACGCAAACCAUAUGAGAAACAUUUGCGUGACGAUCACAAGCUCAACGUGCAAGAGAUUAGUGAACUUUUCAAGGAUGUAGAUGGGCAUGCAAAGUUGGACGAAGAAGUCUUCAAGUGUAAAAUUUGCAGCAAAAUCUAUUUAGUUGAAAAGCGACUGGAAACGCACAUGAAAGUGCACGGCAAGGAUGGCAGCUUAAUAUUCAAGUGUCCUUGCCAUUGCAAUCUGUUCUUUGCCAGCAAAGAACUGGCUACCCAACAUGCCCAUCAACAGCACAAGGAACUGCUGUACUGUGAAAAGUGCGACAAGUAUAUGACUGGCCACGACAGCCUCAAGAAUCACGAAAAGAACCAUCAUGCCAAGAAGGAGCCUCGCAAUUUGACACGCAAUCUGAUCUGCGAUAAGUGUGGCAAGAAGUUCAGCGGUCGCACUUCUCUCUCGGAUCACGUGCGCUCCGAAUGCGGACGGAUGCCGCUCUAUGAAUGCACCGUCUGUCGCAAGCGGCUGUCCACGGCGGGUAUUUUGAAGACACACAUGCUGCUGCAUCAGUCGGAGACGCCCUAUCAGUGCGACAAGUGCGGCAAGACGUUCAAGGUGAAGGCACAGUACAAGUCGCAUCUAAAGACACGACACACCGACUAUAAGCCCUACAAGUGCCAUCUCUGUCCCAAGGAGUAUCCGUAUCGUGAGAGUCUGUUGACCCACAUGACUGUACACACGGGCAUCAAGCGUUUCCUCUGCAACAACUGCGGCAAACGCUUCACUUGCAUCUCGAACUUGCAGGCGCAUCGUAAGGUGCACGCAGAUACUUGUGGCCAGUUGCCACUGAAUGCCAAGGCCACGCAGUACAUGGGCGUGCAACGGGGUAAACUGCUGAUGGGCGCCAAGCCCGAGGCGGGCAUGGAAUACGAGGAGACGAAAACGCUGAUUGCUCAGGAUGUCAUUGAUCGGGAUAUGCCGAUGGCACAGGAGCUCAACUUUCCAUCCGAUGGUAUCGCACCACUGGCCACGGUGCCCCUCAACUAUGACUCGUCGCAUCUGGUGCCGCACAUUGUGCUGCAGACCAUGCAGGCAGAGGCACGACACCAGGAUUAGUUAAGGUUCCCAUUAGCUUGUAGUCCACUUAAACAAUAAAGACGCUUUUGUAUAUUUA